AUGAAGGCGCAGCAGCAGUUGACGGCGGGCCACAUCUUGCGUGAGCGCUUUGUGCUGAAGGAGCACCUGGGCUCCACCCCGGGCUAUGAGCUGCGCGAGCGUGACGAAGGGCCCGGCGUGCCGGGGUCACAAUUCCCAGACACCGGCAAGAUGGUAAAAUACGCCGCCUACGGCACGUCCCACCUGGGCACGGGGAGUUUUGGAGAUACCUGGAAGGCCUAUGACAUCAACCUCAGGAAGUACGUGGCAGUGAAAAUCUUCUAUACCCGCGGCGGUGGGAUGCCGGCCGCCGGCUUCCUGACACCCCACACAGUGAGGGUCAUGGGCGCCAAAGUAAAGAGCAUGGUGCAGGAGGCCGUGGAGGAGUGCACGGCGGUGAAGACAAUGGUGCGGGGCGAGCACGGCAUCGGACCCCAGCGCCUGUGCCAAUGCUUUGAGGACCACGUGAACGACGCCAGUGAGCACGAGCCCAUCUUCCUGGUCCUCGAGCUCUGCGGCAAGAGCCUCACCGAGAAGCUCCGAUCCCGCACCGCCACCUGGGCCUGGCGCAAGCCACUCGUCCACUGGGCAUAA